AUGGGGAAGGCGGCAUGGGAGGUUCUUCGUCCGCCUCUAACUCCUCUGCAAUCGCCAUGGGAGUAUCAAGCUCCAGAUGUUGACACCACUCCUCCAACUAUUGCUCCUGGUCGUCCAUCGAUCGCCCCCCUGCUUGCUGCGCUCCUUGGGGUGCCCAGGGAACCCUCGGCUGCCCCCCUGGCUGCUGCGCUCCCUGGGGUGCCCCGGUCACCCCCGGCUGCCCCCCUGCCUGCUGCUCUCCCUGGGGUGCUCAGGGUACCCUCGGCUGCCCUCCUGCCUGCUGCACUCCCUGGGGUUCCCCAGGCACCAUCGGCUGCCCUUCUGCCAGCUGCACUCCCUGGGGUGCUCCGGUCACCCCCGGCUGCUCCCCUGCCUGCUGCUCGCCCUGGGGUGCUCGGGUCACCCCCGGCUGCCCCCCUAGCUGCUGCUCCCCCUGGGGUGCUCCGGUCACCCCCGGCUGCCCCCCUAGCUGCUGCUCCCCCUGGGGUGCUCCGGUCACCCCCGGCUGCCCCCCAGCCUGCUGCUCUCCCUGGGGUGCUCCAGGCAUCCUCGGUUGCCCUCCUACCUGCUGCACUCCCUGGGGUGCCCCGGGCACCCUCGGCUGCCCUCCUGCCUGCUGCACUCCCUGGGGUGCCCCAGGAACCCUCGGCUGCCCUCCUGCCUGCUGCACUCCCUGGGAUGCCCCGGGCACCCCCGGCUGCCUUCCUGCCUGCUGCACUCCCUGGGGUGCUCCGGGCACCCCUGGCUCCCCACCUGCCCACUGCACUCCCUGGGGUGCCCCGGGCACCCUCGGCUGCCCUCCUGCCUGCUGCACUCCCUGGGGUGCUCCGGGCACCCCCGGCUGCCCUCCUGCCUGCUGCACCCCCUGGGGUGCCCCGGGCACCCCCGGUUGCCCCCCUGCCUGCUGCACUCCCUGGGGUGCCCCGGGCACCCCCGGCUGCCCUCCUGCCUGCUGCACUCCCUGGGGUGCCCCGGGCACCCUCGGCUGCCCUUCUGCCUGCUGCACUCCCUGGGGUGCCUGCUGCGCUCCCUGGGGUGCCCCGGGCACCCUCGGCUGCCCUCCUGCCUGCUGCACUCCCUGGGGUGCCCCGGGCACCCCCAGCUGUACCCCUUCCUGCUGCACUCCCUGGGGUGCCCCGGGCACCCCCAGCUGCCCCCCUGCCUGCUGCACUCCCUGGGGUGCCCCGGGCACCCUCGGCUGCCCUCCUGCCUGCUGCACUCCCUGGGGUGCCCCGGGCACCCCCAGCUGCCCCCCUGCCUGCUGCACUCCCUGGGGUGCCCCGGGCACCCUCGGCUGCCCUCCUGCCUGCUGCACUCCCUGGGGUGCUCCGGGUACCCUCGGCUGCCCUCCUGCUUGAUGCACUCCCUGGGGUGCCCCGGGCACCCCCUGCUGCCCUCCUGCCUGCUGCACUCCCUGGGGUGCCCCGGGCACCCUCGGCUGCCCUCCUGCCUGCUGCACUCCCUGGGGUGCCCCGGGCACCCUCGGCUGCCCUCCUGCCUGCUGCGCUCCCUGGGGUGCCCCGGGCACCCUCGGCUGCCCUCCUGCCUGCUGCACUCCCUGGGGAGCCCCGGGCACCCCCGGCUGCCCCCCUGCCUGCUGCACUACCUGGGGUGCCCCGGGCACCCUCGGCUGCCCCCCUGCCUGCUGCACUCCCUCGGGUGCUCCGGGUACCCUCGGCUGCCCUCCUGCCUGCUGCACUCCCUGGGGUGCCCCGGGCACCCUCGGCUGCCCUUCUGCCUGCUGCGCUCCCUGGGGUGCCCCGGGCACCCUCAGCUGCCCUCCUGCCUGCUGCACUCCCUGGGGAGCCCCGGGCACCCCCGGCUGCCCCCCUGCCUGCUGCACUCCCUGGGGUGCCCCGGGCACCCUCGGCUGCCCCCCUGCCUGCUGCACUCCCUGGGGUGCUCCGGGUACCCUCGGCUGCCCUCCUGCCUGCUGCACUUCCUGGGGUUCCCCGGGCACCUCCUGCUGCCCUCCUGCCUGCUGCACUCCCUGGGGUGCCCCGGGCACCCUCGGCUGCCCUCCUGCCUGCUGCACUCCCUGGGGUGCCCCGGGCACCCUCGGCUGCCCUCCUGCCUGCUGCUCUCCCUGGGGUGCCCCGGGCACCCUCAGCUGCCCUCCUACCUGCUGCACUCCCUGGGGAGCCCCGGGCACCCGCGGCUGCCCCCCUGCCUGCUGGGCUCCCUGGGGUGCCCCGGGCACCCUCAGCUGCCCUCCUGCCUGCUGCACUCCCUGGGGUGCCCCGGGCACCCCCGGCUGCCCCCCUGCCUGCUGCACUCCCUGGGGUGCUCCGGGCACCCUCGGCUGCCCUCCUGCCUGCAGCACUCCCUGGGGUGCCCCGGGUAACCCCGGCUGCCCCCCUGCCUGCUGCACUCUCUGGGGUGCCCCGGGCACCCCCGGCUGCCCCCCUGGCUGCUGCUCUCCUUGGGGCGCCCCGGGCACCCAGGGCUGCCCCCCCACCCGCGGAGCUCCCGGGGGUGUCUCGGUCGCCCCCGGCUGCCCCUCCGCCUGCUGGGCGGCGGCUCCGCUUCCAGUUCGGCCUUGCGUCUUACGGGCGUGUCCGACCUCCAGCUGCCCCCGCGCCGGCAGCUCCCGCCGCUCCCCCUCCGACAGCUCCUGCUGCCCUCCCCCCGACAGCCCCAGCUGCCCUCCUGUUGGCAGCUCCUGCUGCUCCUUCCCCGGCAGCUCCUACUGCCCUCCUGCCUGCAGCCGGACCUGGUUCCCUGAUUGGUCCUGCUGCACCUCUGGCAGUAGCUCGGCCAUCUCCACAUCCACCACUUGCUGCUCCCUUGCCGGCAGCUGCCCCACCCCCAGCGGCUUCUGCUACUCUUCCCUUGGCAGCUCAAGCUGCUCUCCCCGGGGCGGCCCCUGCUGCCCUCCUGCCUGUGGCCAUGCCUGGUUUCCCGAUUGGUCCUGCUGUGACUCUGGCUGUAGCUCGGCCAUCUCCACUUCUACUAUUUGCUGCCCCCCAGCCGGCAGCAACUGCUGCCCUCUCGCCGGCACCUCCUGCUGCCCUCUCGCCGGCACCUCCUGCUGCCCUCUCGCCAGCACCUCCUGCUGCCCUCUCGCCGGCGCCUCCUGCUGCCCUCCCGCUGGCACCUCCUGCUGCCCUCCUGCUGGCACCUCCUGCUGCCCUCCCACUGGCACCUCCUGCUGCCCUCCUGCCUGCAGCUCCUGCUGCCCCCCCGCCGGCAGCUCCAGCUGCCCUCCCGCCGGCCGCUCCUGCUGCUCUCCCUUCGGCAGUACCUGCUGCUCGCCUGCCGACCGUGCCUGCCGCCCUCUUGCCUGCGGCUCUUGCUGCCCUCUCGCCGGCAGCUCCUGCUCCCCUCUCGCCGGCAGCUCCUGCUCCCCUCUCGCCAGCAGCUGCUGCUCCCCUCUUGCCGGCAGCUCCUGCUGCCCUCCCGCCCGCCGCACCUGCUGCUCCCUUGCUUGUGGCUUCCGGGCCUCCCCCAACAGCCAGUUUUGCUGCCCCCCCUCCUGCCUCGAGGGUUGGGUCCCCGCUGGACUCCAUUGCUGCACUUCCGCCCGGGCUCUCCGUCUCUGUUCCUGCCUUUGGGCCAGAUGAGGCCCGCUCGGAGCUGUGA